CAUCAGACCACACAUGCCUCCCACUUUCGCAACUCUCUCUCUCUUGUCAUAAACAAACUCUCUCUCUGUUUGUCACUUUGUCAUCAGAGAAAAAAACUCCAGAGAGAUUCACGCUCCUCUCUCUCUCUCUCUGUUCAUCCUCUCCCUCCCUAUCUGUUCACUGUCCUCUCUCUCGUUCUCAUCCUUUAUUCAGCCUCUAUUUCGAAUUUAUAUCGGCACUCUAGACAUCACCACCUCACCAUCUUCGGUCGACACAGGUAGCACAACCAUCAUCGCACCACCCACAAGAAACAUUGCCCAGAUCUGUCCCCAUCAAUCUUGAUGAUCUUUUUUAAGAUCUGGGUUUGUCAAAUUGUGCAUGUUCAAUGAGGAAAAUAGAAUUUGCAGAAUUUGCAGGGUGGAUUAAAGUUUUGUGUUUGUUUAUGGGUUUAGGUUUGAAUCUUUUUUAAACUCCCUCUCUAUGUUGCACUGAAUUUUACUAAUUUGUGUUUUUGUUUUGAGGCAAAACAAAGAAAGAAAAGGAAUGCUUUUGAUUGCAGGAGGACAAAACCCAGAACUCCCGAAGUGCAGUUUGCAACUUUGCAACUUCUUUUUUUUUUUUUUUUUUCCGGGUCAGUCCCGUAAUGGGCCCGAGCCCGGCCCGAAACCGAUCGGGUUCGGUACUGUCGGUAUCAAAUCUCAAAAAGCCCCUUACCGUCCCGGCCCGUCCCGAUUUAUAAUUCCGGGCCCGGGAUCGGGUUUACCCCAAAUCUGGCCCGUCCCGGCCCGUGCCCAGCCCUACAUUUUUCUUUAGUGAAUUUUCAAGCGGCAAGUUUUCAUAGUCGAGAAAUUUCGCGGUCUCCAAAAGUUAUAGGCGCGCUUCCAAUUCUCAAAUUGUGAAUGAAAGCUUGAUAUUGUGAAUUGUGAUACCCAUCUUGUUCUUCUCUCACUCCGACUCCGACUCCGACUCCGACUCAUACCCAUUGACUCCGACUCAAAUCUUCUCCUCCGCUCCUAUUGCCUUCUUCACCGCUCCGAUUGGUUUGCUGGAGACAACGAAGAAGGAUCGACAAAUAAACUAUUGGCUUUUUGUAUUUCUGGGUCUUGUAAGAAGUUGCUAGUAGUUGUUGUACCCCUUAUUUAUGGGACUUCAUCCCAAUGUUUGUGUUUUCAGAGUUGUCAGAAGACUUUAAAUAUAGAUACAACCAGAGGCCGCAAAGAAAAAUCUCACAUUUAUUCCUCUAGCACCAGCUUGUGUGAUUCUGGAUUUGCAAAUGUAGAAUGUGGAAUUCCUUCAGUGUUGAAGUAUGAUUGGAAGAAUUGAAGACUGUGGCACUUUUGGGACAUGUCCAGUAGCUUUUUUCUAUCUUUGCUUCACGGUUUCAGACUUUCAGGUUUAAUGAAAAUUUGUGGUUUUGUUGAUCGCUAGACUUCAACCCAGAAAUUGCUCUAGUAUUAUAAAAAAGGUGUCCAGGUUGUAUUUGGAGCAAAAGUUGAAUUGAUUCUGUGGACACAAGAUUCCAUUCGAUUGUAUUGUUUGUGGUGGUAAAUUAACUUGCUAUUUGAUUUCAGCUGGUUCUUAUGGGGGUUCAAAACUAUUGAAAUGAAAACUGAGAAUAGAUUCGUAAAGAUUUCUGCUGUUUUUCACUUUUUCAAAGUAAUGACUGAUUGUGGAUGUUGGUAUCACUACUACAAUUAUAGGCUACAAGGACACCAAAUAAGGACACAUAAUUGAUGUGGAGUCCUUGAAGAUUUAUAAGGACACUCGGGAUGUAAUUGAAAUUUUUUAGUGGGUCAGGAGUGUUUCAACGACACACCAACUUUAUUAAUGCUGUGUCCUAAGAAAACCUAAAAUUCAAUUCGGCUCCAAAUCUCCAAUUGAAAUAAGAAAACGCGCUGCACUUCGUGUUUUCCCUCCCCCAAAUUUCACUUCCCUCCCCAAAUUUCAGUUCCCUCCUCCCCUAACUUUCGACUUUCCCUCUUCAAUUGAAACCCACCAGAAGAGAAAAGAUGUUUCAUUCACUCUAUUUCCCUUUUUAGUUGUAAUAGAAAAAAGAGAACAAACUCGAGCUCAAAACACCUUCGAUCUGAUUCGACUCGGUGGAGGAGGCGGCGACUCAUAACAAGGGUUCCACUCAUAGUAAGGUGUGAGACAUGUUCUGGGUUGAGAGAUUCUGGGAAAAAUUUCAGUAGAAGCAUGUUGAGGUUCUGAUCCCAACUCUGAAGAAAGAUGAGGUUUUGCUGAAUCGGAAGCGGCUAGCAUAAUCCAAUUGAUUGGUUGGAGUGGGGACUUGCAGAAGGCAGGGUUAUAUCAGUGGUUGCUUCGAAUAUAGCUAUUUUUUCAGAUUCGAAUAUAGCUAUUUGUUCAGAUUCAUGGCUCAUGGAAAUAAAAGACCAAGGCUUUUGAAUAGCAGAUGAUUAGAUACUUAAAGCCUUUGAAGGACUUUUUUUUUUGUGUCCGUGGUCAUCAGGCAACACCCUGAACUUAAGGAUAGGCCUAUAGCUGUAUGUCAUUCUGAUAAUCCAAAGGGCACUGCUGAAUUUCAUCUGCAAACUACCCUACUCGAGAUUAUGGUUUGUUUUGGAGUGAGGGCUGCGAUGUUUGUUAGAGAUGCUAAGGCUCUUUGUCCACACCUUGUCAUUCUUCCUUAUGAUUUUGAAGCGUAUGAGGAGGUAGCUAAUCAGUUCUAUGACAUUCUGCAUAAGCACUGCAGAAAAGUACAAGCGGUAAGCUGUGACGAAGCAUUUUUAGAUGUCACAUACUUGGAAGGGGUAGAUAUGGAUAUGUUAGCCUCAAUUAUAAUACAAGAGAUCUUUGAGACUACUGGAUGCAUUGCAAGUGCUGGCAUAGCUAGAAAUAUGCUCAUGGCUCGCCUUACAACAAGAACUGCUAAACCAGAUGGUCAAUGCAACAUUCCUCCCAAAAGGGGGCAUGAUUAUUUUUAUGAACUUCCCAUCAAGAUGCUUCUAGGAAUUGGACACGUUUUAGAGGAGAAGUUGAAGAAGCGAAAUGUUUUGACGUGUGGACAGUUGCGCAUGAUUCCUAAGCCCUGCAAUGUGGUUUCCAGUAGCUAUUUUUAUGCUGGUGGAUGUGUAUGGUUGGCACGUAUAUCUUUGGCUAUCCUAUGUUCCACUUUUGAAUGCUUUUGAGCUUGCCUUCUUUGUUUGGGUUCCAGUUAGUUUUUCUUUCCCAUCCUCCAGAUUUUGGUGAAGUUCAAUAUUUAAAAUUUUCCAUAGCUUUGAAUAUGUAGCAACUGGGUAUGAAUUGAGUUUUAUAUGUAGCAACAACUAGCUUUGAAUUAUGUGUCUUACGAUCAGUAGUAGUAGUACAUUAAUUCUGGAUGUUGGACUUGUUGUUUUUGCAGGUAUUACUUGUUUUUGAUGGUAUGAAUUCAGUUAUAUAUGUAGCAGCAGCAGCUAGCUUCAAAUUAGUCAUGGUAGAACAUUCUCGGCAUGUUGGACUUUUGGUUUUUGCAGGCUACUUCUUUUGGAUCUUAGACAUGUAUUAAGGAAUGUUCUAUAUAUUAUAUAUAGACUUGUUUGAUGUGUACGUACUCGCUGUAAUGCGCGCACUUUUUAUAAUAUGAGAUCGUUUCCCUUAUGGAUUUAA